UUAUUGGAAAGUUGACCAAGACGUGCACUUACUACUGACACCACGGAGCGGGACCUGUUUGACUUUUUGAACCUUUAGCAGAAGGACUUGCCGAUGACUCGCAGCAUGCGUUAGGAAUGAUGAAGUGUGCCAUUUUUUCAUUUAUUCUUGGAUUUGAGUUAUUAGUCUAGCUGGGACCUCUUCCUGUUGCUUUUUGUCAUCUUUGUGUGUGAGUCGUUCACUGACCUGCACACAGGUGGAGCUUUUUGAUUUGGUCACUUUUUUUAAAGGAGAGAACCGUAUUUAGGUAUCAACAUGAAUCUGAGGCAGAGAAUGAAACUGCUGAAGCACUUUGGCUCUGAGCCGCCGGAGUUGAAACCGAAGCCUCCGCUGCUGGUGGUGCCUAAACCAGGUAUGGAGGAGUUGACGAUAUGGGAGCAACACACAAUCACACUAAACAAAGACUCCAAAGUGGGUUUUGGUUUUGCCCUCUCAGGAGGCAGAGAGAAGCCUCAUCCAGAAACGGGAGACACGGCUGUGGUGGUGUCGGAUGUUCUGCCAAAUGGACCAGCCAUGGGUAGACUCUUCAACAAAGACCAAAUUGUCAUGGUCAACGGAGUUCCUAUGGAUAAUGUUUACUCCAACUUCACAAUUCAGACCCUCAAGUCAUGUGGCAAGAUCGCAAAUAUAACGGUGAAACGCCCUCGGAAGAUCCAGAUCCCGGCCACCACCAGGCCAUCACGGGCGUCCUCCCAAUCCAACCUGCUGGAUCCAGAUACCACCAGGCGAACACGGGCAUCCUCCCAAUCUAACCUGCUGGAUUCAGAUCCCACCAGGCGAACACGGCGCUUCUCUGAUGGAAGCGACCAGCGCGAUGCGAGCCGCUACCGUGCUCACAGCUCCUCUCCAGCCCGUAACGGUUAUGGCACAUUACCUCUAUCAUCGGGGUACAAGAAGCUGCCACAAAACUACUCUGCAAGCAAACCCAUCAAAACCACCUUAACUAAAAAGAAAGUCACAGAUGAGUAUGGGUUGAAGCUUGGCAGCCAGAUUUUUAUAAAGCACAUGACAGACACUGGCUUGGCUGCAAAGGAAGGCACACUGCAGGAGGGAGACCUCAUUUUAAAGAUCAACGGUAUGACGACUGAGAAUCUCUCACUCCUGGAGACCAAACAUCUGGUAGAGAAGAGCAGAGGCAAACUGACCAUGACGGUCCUCAGGGAUGACCGCAGGUUCCUGGUCAGCAUCCCCGAGGUGGUGGACAGCGCCCCCAACAGCGAGGAGGAUCGUAACAGAGACAGCAGCUCGGAGAUGGAGGACAUUUCCGACAUUGAGGAGGACAUCACCCCCCGCAGAACAUCAAAACAGCACACCAGAGAGAGACGGACUCGCAGAGCCAGAGCAGAACCAUCUCAACGGGCCAAAUCUCGGGACACAUCACCUGUGCGCUCCACCAUGCCUCCUCUAAGAAGCUACACCUCUCGCAAAGAUCCAGUGGAUUCAGAGUCUGAUCGCAGCGCCUCGCCGCCUCCUGUCAGGAAAGUUGUUCCUGAACUGAACCCCAACAAAUACAAGCCUUUAUCAGGAAUGACCACUCUCCCAAACCCAAAGUUUUCUCCAAUGAACCCUACCUGGAACACGUCUCGCGCCUCCUCCUCGUCCUUGCGGCCCCGCAAACCCGUGUCAGAGUCUGAUUCUGACCGGAGCUCCUCCCCGCCGCCGCGCAUAGACAGCCCUCGCUUGGACAGAUACAAGUCUCUUUCUGAUCUUCCUCCUGCUGAUGUGAGCUCUUCCCCCAUCCUUAUUCGACAGGAUCCUCUUAGAAAGGUCAACUCCCCUGUUAGGAUCCCUCCUCCAGAUUCUGAUUCUGACUCUGGGUCAAACACCAACAUGGCUCCUCCUCAGAGGCUCAGCUCCUCCUACGGCCUGGACUCCAGAUACAGAGUCCUGCCGGAUGUUGCUCUGAAGCCUCAGGUGGAGCCGCCGCGCUGGAGCACGCCCGACAGCCUCCCACCGAAAGCUAACUCGGACAUUGAGUCAGAGCCCAGCUAUGAGUCUGUCCCUCGCAAGGACUCCACAGACAGUGAAGACAACACCACCAACAGGCCCAGUAUCCUUCCUAAGAAAUCCACUUCAGUUGCUGCAAAGCCAGAGCCUUCACGAAGUGUCCAACCACCCACCAGACCUCCUCCUGAUGAUUCCUCAGAGUCAGAUGAGCUUUCACACCUCAGGAGGUCUGGCAGCUCAGAGCGAGAGGACAGCAAACGCAGAGCUCCCCGAGCUGCGAAUGGAAACUCCACGGUCCGCUCUGGGAUUUCAGUGAAGAACAACCCCAUGCUCCAGUCCAAACCUGAGGAAGAGCCGCUUUAUUUCCUACCUCCAGAUUCUUACCCAUCAUCUAAUCCAGGGUACAGCUCAGAUGUGCAGACGGUGAGGUUUGUUAAAGAGAACAGCAUGGGCCUGAGGCUGGUGGGAGGCAACGACGUGGGUAUCUUUGUAGGCGGAGUUCAGCCCAACAGCCCCGCAUACGCACAGGGAAUGAAGGAGGGAGACCAGAUCUUACAGGUAAAUAAAGUCGAUUUUAGCCACUUUACCAGAGAAGAAGCUGCCAACUUCCUCCUCAACAUCGCGGCGGGAGAACCAGUGGAGAUCUCCACGCAGAAAAAGAUGGACAUUUUUAAGAAGAUUAUUGGAUCCAGUUUGGGAGACAACUUCUACAUCCGCACGCACUUCGAUCACGAGGCGGACAGUCCUAUUGGUCUGAGCUUCACCAGAGGAGAGGUGUUCAGGGUGGUGGACACGAUGCAUCGUGGGAAAAUGAGCAACUGGCUCGCCAUCCGUAUGGGGCAUGACCUGCGUGAGAUGGAUAAAGGCAUCAUUCCCAACCAGACCCGGGCGGAGAAAUUGGCCGCCAUCGAGCGCUCGCAGAGGCCAACUGCAGAGAGGCCGGUUUCAGGCCCACGAGCAGAGUUCUGGAAACUCCGAGGACUCCGAGGGAAUAAAAAGAACGAGAAGAGCAACAGGCGGACUCGGGAUGACCUGCUGCAGCUCACCAUUCAGGGCAAAUUCCCGGCCUACGAGAGGGUCCUUCUCAGGGAAGCUAAUUUCAAACGGCCCAUUGUCAUCCUGGGUCCUCUGAAUGACAUUGCCAUGGAGAAGCUGGCCAGAGAGAUGCCUGAUGAAUAUGAGGUGGCAGAGAUGGUUCCUCGCGGUGGAGGAGACAGCAGCUCCACGGUUAUUAAACUGGACACGGUCAGGAAAAUAGCAGAAAAGGAUAAGCACCCUCUACUGGACAUCACGCCCACUGCGGUGGAGAGGCUGAACUACAUCCAGUACCACCCGAUGGUGCUGUUCUUAGACCCUCACAGCCGCAAAGACGUGAAGGCCAUGAGGCAGAGGUACAACCCCAGCUCCAACAAGAGCUCCAGGCGCCUUUACUCACAGGCUAUGAAAAUGAAGAAACACUGCAGCCACCUGUUCUCAGCCCGUAUCGGCCUGCAGCCUGGCUCCAACAGCUGGUACGACACUCUGAAGGAAAAGAUCCGGCACCAGCAGCUCAAGCCUGUCUGGGUGCCUGAAGUCACGUUGGAGACCGGAGAUCAGGAUCUAGAUGCUCUGGACCAAACUCAGACAGACUACCUCAGUGCUGCCAGUGACCUGGAGGACACUGAUGGAGAGCCCUUCACUGACGGAGAGGCCUACACGGAUAACGAGGAUCUGGAAGAAGGUCGGAACGCUGCCAAGUACCAACAGAGCUCCAGGGAAGCCGGAGCCGCUUUAGCCCGGUCAUCUGAGCCAGCCUACAGUGCUGCAGAUGAAGCAGAGGACAGUGAUGACGAGUAUCCAGAGAGGGAAAUCCCACCUUUGAUGCAAGUGCCUGAGCCCAGGUCGGCUCGCCUGGAGAGUCACAGCCCGCCUCGGAGCGCUGCGGAGGAAGAAGAUCCAUCUCAUCGCAGCUUUUCUGACUCAGACUUUGAUGCUCUAGAUGAAGUUGCACACAACACUCCCUCAGAUGAACCACCAGAUUUUGUGGCUCCCAAUCCCGUGACGGGAUACUCGGUAGAUGAGCCUUCAUAUGAUGAUGAAGAUGAUGAAUUUGAAGAGGAGGAGCAGGAGCAGCCAGAGAGCAAUCCGCAUGCUAGCCUCUCUGCUAUCGAACAGAGAUUAGAGCAGACUCGAAUGGCUGAGCCACAGGCCCAGGCGGAGGAAAAGAAAGCCCCUGCGUUCAUUGUGUUAGCUCACCACCACCAAGCCGUCCAGUACAGACGCACGCAGAUCCGAGGCAGCGACAGCUCCGAGGAGGAGGCGGUGGAUGAAGAGGACGACAUUGAAUGGGGUCCUGCAACUGAACUCUAGACAAAGGAGUAAUGCAGUCACUAAGAAACUUUUGUAUUCGAUGGAUUUGAGGGGCCGUGAGAUCAGAGGAGGCUACUGUCGCUGCUAACUACAUCUAUGGCAAAAUGUUCACGGAGACCAUUUGGAUCAAAGUGCCUUUGUAAUGUUGUAAAAUAUAAAAUGUCUUAAGAGAUUCUUCUAAACCAGUCUGUGUCCACAGAAAACACCAGGCCGUUUGUCACUUUAGCUCCUUUUUUUAAACGCCUUUUUCUACAUUAAACUGUUUUCCUGAUUUUAAAA